AUGAAGAUGCUAUUUGCAGCAGUCCUGAUGGCCUGUGUGUCUGUAGGUAGGUCCAAUCCCAGACAGUUACUCCGUCCGUCGGUAAUACAAUGUCCUAUUCAGGACUUCGUUCACCCGGACGAUCAUAUUCAACCUACUUAUGAAACAGUGACUCCUGAGUUCAAACCUUUCACAAUAUAAGUGUAUUAUGAUUAUUACAAACUGGGCAACUACAAAAAUUACAGGAUGCAGGGCCAAAUUGUAAGGAUUUCACAGAAGUGGCUCGCAGCUCAUGACGAAUGUUAAAAAAAAGACAAAGACAAAUAUUUAACUAUAUAAAGUGUUAGAUAAUACGGUGCAUGGCUCGGUGGCUCGUCAGUCGAGGUAACUGAUCGAAGACCGAGAAAGUUCAAUAUUUUAGUGACUCUCUAGUUGGGACUGCCGAGUCUCCGAGCCACUUGCUGGUUUAUAUAGUCAUUUUAUGUACUUUUAUCAGUCUCACUGACGAGCAACCCUUUCACUCGAAAGUACAAUAUAUAAUUCUAAAAGAGUCUUCCUUUAUUCUGUAGUUAUGCAAAUAGCUUUUGGAUCAGUUUUGUAAAGCCAGUAAUUUGUAUCUAUAUCAGAGCUGAUCGAUUCUAUCGACUCUGAUCAUUUUUGUUGUUUUUUAGACUGGUACCCUCGCGAUACCAGAGACUUUUUAUGUGCGGUUUCCGGUUUCUGUCAAGUCAACUUCGUUAUAACGAAGGGCCAUUGGGUUGACGAAAUAUUUUCGCUACAUCGAGGCUUUCGUUAUUAGUUCUUUUCCAUGUAAUUUGCUAUUACUGGGGCGAAGAAUAUCGUUUGUUANUUACUCCGUCCGUCGGUAAUACAAUGUCCUAUUCAGGACUUCGUUCACCCGGACGAUCAUAUUCAACCUACUUAUGAAACAGUGACUCCUGAGUUCAAACCUUUCACAAUAUAAGUGUAUUAUGAUUAUUACAAACUGGGCAACUACAAAAAUUACAGGAUGCAGGGCCAAAUUGUAAGGAUUUCACAGAAGUGGCUCGCAGCUCAUGACGAAUGUUAAAAAAAAGACAAAGACAAAUAUUUAACUAUAUAAAGUGUUAGAUAAUACGGUGCAUGGCUCGGUGGCUCGUCAGUCGAGGUAACUGAUCGAAGACCGAGAAAGUUCAAUAUUUUAGUGACUCUCUAGUUGGGACUGCCGAGUCUCCGAGCCACUUGCUGGUUUAUAUAGUCAUUUUAUGUACUUUUAUCAGUCUCACUGACGAGCAACCCUUUCACUCGAAAGUACAAUAUAUAAUUCUAAAAGAGUCUUCCUUUAUUCUGUAGUUAUGCAAAUAGCUUUUGGAUCAGUUUUGUAAAGCCAGUAAUUUGUAUCUAUAUCAGAGCUGAUCGAUUCUAUCGACUCUGAUCAUUUUUGUUGUUUUUUAGACUGGUACCCUCGCGAUACCAGAGACUUUUUAUGUGCGGUUUCCGGUUUCUGUCAAGUCAACUUCGUUAUAACGAAGGGCCAUUGGGUUGACGAAAUAUUUUCGCUACAUCGAGGCUUUCGUUAUUAGUUCUUUUCCAUGUAAUUUGCUAUUACUGGGGCGAAGAAUAUCGUUUGUUAUACCGAGGGCAUCGUUAUGAUAGGUUCGUCAUAUCGAGGUUCCAUCUAGGUUUUCGAGGCGGCGGUCUUUCUGCGAGUUAAACGUUGAAAAAUAAACGCUGAAGAAUAAGAGCGAGCAACGUUUUUCAAGUGCAAGUUUGCUGGUUAGAUCUGGUGCUAACGAAUUCGGUAACAAAGGCUUUGACGGCGACAGACCGUUAUAUUGUUCUACAGUAUUCAUAUUGGGUUGUUUUAUUGUGUUAAACACCCUGGUCUCUACAUUAAAGCAAGACAAAGUUCAAGAGGUUUUAUAAUUAUGCUUGUUCCCAGGACGAAAAACACGUAAAGUUCUACUUCUUCGACUUGAAAAUAGUACGACCAAAGCUUGAUCUCAUGAUUUGCUUUCUUGAAACUAAAUUCGUGACUGAAGGUAGGACAAGGUGUUACCAGCUUUGAUUAGACAGUAAAAAUUACCCUUGGGAAUUAUCUAACUUACUGCAAACAAAAGCUGCCCGCUCCGGCACUAUACCGAAUAGCUUUUGCACCGCCACGAAAAUCAUACCGGAUGGCGGCGCGAUUUCUGUCACGGAACGCCGAGGCUACGCCGCCCCGAUCUCGAAAAAGGAACUUUGGUGUAGUGUGAACACCUAUUCGGCCCGUCAGCGGAAGUAAAUAGGCAGGUGCGAGGACUGGAACCCACUGAGAAGGAAGUGAAUUAAGAGUGAGGACUUGAAUUUAGUGCACCAAACCCUCUCAUCCAACUGCGCCGGCACGAGGUCCGAUUGGGCUGCCCUGGGCAGUUGCUGUUCAUACUGUACCACGCCUCGAAAAGUUAUCAGAUAUUAAGUGAACACAGCGUCAGAAUGUCUUUUUUGUAGCACUUGCAAUUCAGGGUGUCGUCUAUAAUUUUAUUGUUCACAGAAGAGAUAUAUUACUUGAGCAAAGAUGGAAAAUGAGAUUUUUCAACCCUCUCCAAACGAAGGCCAUUCAUCAAAAGGCCAGAAGAAUUUGCGAAAAAAUUAUGUAAGGCUUAGGCCAAACGACCAAACUCUAAUUUGGCUCGAUCUUAUUUUAGUUAAGAUCGCGUUAGGACGCGUCAAACCAAUAAGCUGUAUCGUAACAAAAAACAAUUUUAAUGAAUUUUCUUCUGGCUCAAACAAGUAUAAAUUAUCAAACAAAUUUUUCAUUUGUUAGUUUACUCCUUCGCAUGUGGAGAUCGACCGUUUGUCCCGGAGACGAUCUUCGGACGUUCUAUCCGCCUGAAGCAGAAGGAUAGCCCCUUCCGCCUACCCAUGGGGGCGGGUAGGAGAGAACCCUGGGAACGAGGUUGGAAGGAUAGAACGUGUUGGACGAUCCAAACUCUUUCAGACGAACCCAACUGAGCCAGACGUCGAACGUUUCCUGGACUUAAUUCACUAAGUUUGGUUCGUCUCAUGAAAAAUUCGACGUUUGGACCAGGCAAGGCCUAAAGCUACAUGCAAACGGACGCAACAACUCCCAACAUUGCUGAGCUAACAAUGUUGGGGGGAGUUGCUGCGUCCGUUCGUUGGCAGUAAUGUGCUCUCUGCCAAUGAAAAGGAAGAAAAGUUUGCAACGAAUGAUAAAGGCUAUUAUUAUUAUUAUCAUCAUCAUCAUCAUCAUCAUCAUCAUCAUCAUCAUCAUCAUCAUCAUCAUCAUCAUCAUCAUUAUUAUUAUUAUUAUUAUUAUUAUUAUUAUUAUUAUAUAAAGUCUUGUUCUGGGUUUCAUCGCUAUCAAAGAGAUAUCAUUUGAUGCCAUGACAUUUUUUUUUUCAGCUUUUGGGCUCAAAUGUUACAGUUGUGCCAGUGUUAAAAGCAUGGACGAGUGUCAAGCCGCCCAGGAUAAAGUAAACUGCAGUUCAUCUUUGAUUGAUCCGCGCUGUGCAAAAGAGUCAUACGAGUAUAAAAUCGCCACUGACAUUAAAACGCACACAAAAGGAUGUAAGUCCAAAGCCUACUGCGAAUCGGAAGCGCGAAAAAGUGUAUGUAAAGAAGCCAGCGGAGAGAAAUGUGAAUCGAGUUGCUGUGAAGGAGAUCUCUGCAACACUAGCCUCGUUCCCGCGGUCAGCGUCCUGCUAAUGGUGUCAUGCGCACUUAUGGUAUUGUUUUGA